GCACAUUCGUGUAUAAAUACUGAUCACAUGGACUCACAUUUUCUUCAUCCAGUAACAAUCAGUUAUAAUCAACUACAUAAACACAAAAGGAUUAAUCCUAUGUUUUACUUCCUUCUUGCCUUAACCGCUCUUUUGGCGGCAACCCCAAACGCAGCCAAACCAGUUCUCGACACUGAUGGUGAUUUCAUAUUCGAUGGCAGUUACUACGUUCUACCUGCCAUCUUCGGCGCUGCCGGUGGCGGCCUGAAUCUCGCCUCUCGUGGUAGCAACCAAUGUCCCCUCUUUGUCGGGCAGGAAAUUUCAGAGGUCGACAGGGGAAUUCCCGUCAAAUUUUCAAAUUGGAGACUUAAAGUUGGGUUUGUUCCGGAAUCAGAGAAGCUCAACAUCAAGAUGGACGUCGAAGCUACAAUAUGCGUUCAGUCAACCUAUUGGUGGGUCACUGCAGCCCCAAGUGGCUUUCGGACAUCGUUCAUAACGGCUGGUCCUAACCCGGAAGCAGGAGAAGAUUCGUCGAGGAGUUUCUUCCAGAUCGAGAAAGCUAAAGGUUUUCCUGACGGUUACCAUAUUAUGUUUUGUCCUAACGAUAACGAUUGCAUCAAUGUGGGGAUAGUUGUGGACGAAUAUGGCGUUCGGCGUUUGGCUUUAAGCUCCAUGCCAUUCCCGUUUGUGUUCAUGAAAGCUACUGGUACACAGACUUCGUCCAAGCCUAUUAUGUCUAUCAUCUAAGAGAAAUUGAUGACUACAAAACUAAAAGGAUAUGAGUUGCUAUAACGUACAACUAAUAAUAAAACUCUAUCUGUGUUCCUUGUUUUCUUUGUUCAUCUUUAAUGGAAUGAAACAUCUUUCCUUUGUUUCUUUUUUCUUUUUAA